ACUUGCAUUUCUUUCUCUGCAAAACUUCUGCGAAAAGCUUUAUUGUACGUUUCUUGUGCGUAAACUACGGUAACAACUGGGGAUCUCUACAUCAAAUCUUUCGAAACCGAAAUCAGGUAAUGUAUACGAACUUUUGAUUUUAAGUUAAUCGAAGUGUCUCUCUCCUUUCUCCCUUUCUGUGAUUGAUUUAGAAUCCUUUGAAGGAAGUUAGGGUUAGAGGUGAGGAGGAUUUUGAAUGUUCAACAAAAAAGGGGGGUUUUUCUUUUUUUUUAAAAAAAAAAAAGAUCCUGACUUAUUCCUCCCCCUAACUUCGUGCAAAGUUAGAGAAAAUGUCCUCAGAAGGAACAGAAAGUGUAGUUGGGAGUGAGGUGAUGCCCCUGGACUAUGGGAGCAUGGACGCAGAGAGUAGUCCAUCUCCAUCUAGUUCGAAGAAAACGGUGGAGGGGGUGAGAGGAGAUGAGGUGGUGGAGGUUGGGGAAAAAGAGAUGGUUAGGGUAGAUAGCAUACCCAUCACCGUAGUAGAAGUAGAGGGUAGAGGAGAGAGAGAUAGUGGAGGAGGUGAAGCAGCCAGCUGGGGUAGAGGUGAGGGCGUGCUCUGCUCCUCAGGAUCACUGGAUGCCUGUGUAUUCCCACUAUUUGAUAGCGGGACUCAGGGGGGUAGUAGGAGAGAUAAGGGGUGGUAUUAUUUCACCUCGAGGGUAGCUAGUAAGGAGAGUAGGUCGUUGUUUACGGCGGGUCCUUCAUCCAUUAAAGGAUGGAAGGAGAAAUUCUUUUUUGUAGAUGAUACGGAGUGGGGGAAAAGGGAUGCCGAGGUGAGGGAGUUAGCCUCCUGGAAGGCCAAAAAGGCCAACCAGAAUAGUGCACAAUGCAUAGAAGCUGCCGAGCUCUAUGGGCCAAGCGCUUUGAGUGAAGCUGAAAUGGACCAAUUCUUGAACACUGUUGGAGGAGCGGCCAUUCCCAAGAAGCCAAGGAAGAAGUCAAAGACUUCAACCAAGCAAGUGGAUGAGGGGAGGGCAAGAAAGGAGGUAGUGCCCACGAUCUCAGCUGAGGUGGAGGAGGAAGUGCCACAAUUGAAGAGAAAGGGGUGCGAGGAGAGGAGGGCACUGCAGAAGAAGCAGAGGGUGGUGGAGGAGGAGACGGGGAAUGAGGUCCCUGUGUUCGUACCUCAGCCUUCUCCUGUUGAGCUGGACCCUGAGCUCAGACAGUUGGAGGAGGGGGCUGAGCUGCAAAAGGAGAAGGAGGAGUUGGAGAAGAAAAAUAAGGAGCUGCAAGAGUCUCUGAACGAGGUGGUUCCAACUGUUUCACAGUUGGAGCAGGAGAGGGCUUCCCUGAGCACCAAGCUCACUUUUGAGGAGAGCAAACGAAGGAUCGUUGAAAGCGAGCGUGAGGCUCAGGCGCAAGAAAUGAAGCUGAUGACGGAGGCAUUCAAAGAGCUGAAGGGGAACAUGCGGAAGUUGGUGCAUAAUGGGAUGAAGGAGCAUAUCAACAACUUCAUCAAUUCCAGCUCCUUUGAUAGCAUCGUCAACUUGUACCGGCUGCCCACUGCCAUCAUUGUUUUCACAGACUGCAGAAAGAAGGUGAAGGCUGAAUAUCCCGAAGUGGAUGUGACAAAGGUCACCUUCGGCGAGCAAGAAGGAGGAGUGGAGGAGGAUGGCGAGAGCAUGUCAGCAGACUUCCGUCCUCAGAUUAAGCUGAGGUGGGAGGAUGAUGCAGACGGUCUUACUGUUUUUCCUCCACAGUUCGACUUCGAGUUCGUUGCAGUGGAGGAAGAAGGGGCAGAGGUAGAGGAAGACAAGAUGGAGGCAGGAGUGGAGGGAACUGAAGUGGGUGAGAUCCAACCAGUUCUAGAAGUGGAGAUUCAUCCAGUUCCUUCUGACGAUGAGCAGCCUCCUCUGCCGGACGAGUAGCAGCCAACUCAGCCACCUCCUCCAACUGAGCAGGAGCCAGUGGAGCCACCUCUCCCAUCAGAGAAAUAAUUUUGUUUUUUGAUUUUUUGUAAAGACAGUUAAACAGUUUGUAAUAUUUAUGUUAUUCUGAAUGAAAAUUCAUUUUUGAA